AACGCGUGCACGAGACAAACGCGCGCUGUCGUGAGCGUUCGUGCGAAUGUUUCAGCGCAAAACUUUCGUUAUUGUCAUGAUGAGCGCGACGGCUCCGCGCAUGCGCACUGCAGUCCGCCUGGCCAAUUUCUCAGUACUCGUGGGAGAAUUUGGUUCCGGGUGAAUGAGUUUGGGGUUCUGGAGGUCAUAACAGAUGAGAUGGAUGGCAGGAGAGCUCACGCCACCACCACAUGGACCGUUCCCACUGCACAAGACGCUCUUCCUGAGGGGUCCGUCUCAAAGGACGAGUCGUCCUGGGCCCAGAGAGGCCUGGUGUGUGUCCGCUGCAACAGGAAGGGCUCUGUGGUGGACUUCCUGUCUGACCGGCUUCACUGCAGUGAGCGCUGUCUGCAGCAAACUCAGCAGGAAGAGCUGAAGAGAGAAGCAUCCGGAAGAAACGGAGAGAUGUCAGGAAGAAAGCGUCCUCGCCCAGCGGCGUCUGAAGAUGUGGAGAGCUCAGUGGAGGCUGCUGAGGAAGAGGAUGAAGAUUACGAGGAGAAAGAAAGCAGACGGCCGGCGCGCGGAGCUGCGAGAGGUCGCAGGAAACGCAGAGGAGACGCAGCUCUGCUCAGAUACACGGUUCCGUACGGAGGUAAGAAGAAGGUUUGGUGCUGGGCUUCAUACCUGGAGCAGGAGAGAGCCAUCGCGGCCCCCACCAAACUCUUCAAAGAGUAUCAGGCUUUACCGCAGUGUAAGAAUGGCUUUAGGGUGGGCAUGAGGUUGGAGGGGAUCGACCCUGAACAUCCGUCCAUGUACUGCGUUCUCUCCGUCGCUGAGGUGUCAGGACAUCGAAUCAGACUGCACUUUGAUAAGUAUUCAGACUGCUAUGACUUCUGGGUAAACUGUAACUCUCCAGACAUUCACCCAGUGGGAUGGUGUGAGAAAACCGGACACAAGUUACAUCCACCUAAAGGGAUGAAGGAGGAGGAGUUUAGCUGGUCCUCUUACAUUAAAGUCAAUAAAAUCCAGACGGUACCCAAAGCUCUCUUUCAGAAUCAGAACAUGACAGUGACGCCGUCCGGCUUUAGAGUCGGUAUGAAGUUGGAGGCCACAGACAAGAAAAAUCCAUCAUUCAUCUGUGUUGCCACGGUUACUGACAUGGUGGACAGCAGAUUCCUGGUCCACUUGGACAACUGGGAUGAAACUUAUGACUACUGGUGUGAUGCCACCAGUCCGUAUAUUCAUCCCAUCGGAUGGUGUCAGGAGAACGACAGGACCCUCACGACUCCUCCAGGAGACCCUGAUGUGAAAAACUUCUCGUGGGAGAGAUACUUGUCAGAGACGGGCUCAUUACCGGCUCCUGCUCGAGCCUUUAAAUCUAGACCUCCUCACGCUUUUCAGCUGAAUAUGAAGUUGGAGGCGGUCGAUCGGAGGAAUCCUGUUCUCGUCCGAGUGGCAACGGUGGUGGACACGGAUGACCAUCGACUUCGGAUUCAUUUUGAUGGCUGGACGGAGGAUUAUGAUUGUUGGAUGGACGCAGACAGUCCAGACAUUCAUCCUGCUGGCUGGUGCGCUAAAACUGGACAUCCACUGCAGCCUCCUGUCAGUUCUCAGGACAUGUUGGAGGUGUGUGAGCAGAGCGGUUGUCCCACCCCGGGCUGUCGAGGAGUGGGACACAUCAAAGGAGCUCGAUACUCUGGACACCACAGCGCUGUGGGCUGCCCGUAUUCUGACAUCAAUCUUAACAAGGACUCGGUUCUUCCUGACCGCUUGAGUGGAGAGAUGCCGGGAACCGGAGCGGGUAGGCCCCGCAGAACUGAACCCGACCCUGAUGUUCCUGAUGCUGACAGUAAUGAAAAAGCCCUCACUUGUGCCCCGGCUCACCCGGAUAAACCCGCCACCGCUGCCAUGGAAACGGCAGUGAAGAAGCCCGUGGGAUCAGAAACCAAACGAAGGGUUGGCAGGCCAUGUAAAGUACGGAAGAUUGAAGAGCCGUCACAUGAGGAAGAAGUGGAGAGCGCGAGGUCAGCGGUCAUUGAAACCAAAGUAGACUUGAGUCUACAGCAGGCUCUGCAUCAGUCUGUGUUUAUGCCGUGUUCAGGCUCAUCUCCCAGCAUGCCUCAGUGUUGGGAGCAGCACGGUAAACUGCUGCCAUCAGUGGCGGGCAUCACAGCCAGUAAAGUGUCAGCGUGGAGCGUGGACGAGGUGAUGGAGUUUAUUCGAGGUCUGCCGGGCUGUAUGGAGCAGGUGCGCACAUUCAGAGAGGAGCAAAUUGACGGCGAGGCGUUCCUGUUACUGACACAGGUGGACCUGGUGAAGAUCCUCAGCAUUAAACUGGGACCGGCUCUGAAGAUCUACAACUCCAUUCUGAUGUUUAAAACAACAGAGACGUCUGGCUGUAAUGAACUCUGACCUCGUGAUUUCAGCCGAACGAAAGGGCUGCUCGUGAACAUUCAGAAGAACGUAUGAAACAUUAACAUGAUGUUAGAAUGAACUGAAGAAAUACUCAUCAUUCAUCAUCUGCGUGACGUGCCCUUUCAUUACAGUGUGUGCGUGCGUGUGAAUGUAUAUUAGAACUGUGUCAUGUCCAUGAAGUCUGGUGCUAAGCCAAUGCACAUCCACGCACCGUUUCUCUGAAUAUCUGAUAUUCAUCUCUGCUUAAAUGGAUUAGUCUGGAUGAUUUUAGGAGGGUUAUAGACAUUAUAGUUUCUGUUUUUGGAAAGUGUGCAGUGUAUUGUCCAGUAAGAGACGUUUGUCAUCCAUCAGUUCAUGUCUGAAUGAUUUCAUAGAGAAUUAAAGCUGACACAUUUCAUCAACCCAUUCGGACCUAAAAAUCAUGUCCAUCAUCAAUACUGUUUGUUGGAUAAGAUCUUUUCUUGUUUGGGCAGUAUUUUUUGAAAGAAAAGUGUAUAAAAAUAGGGCACUGUAAAUGUGUACAGUAAACCCUGAACAUUCAUCAUCAGCAUGAGCAGAGGGUGAAUAUCUGAGCGACAGAUAAACACAUUUCAUGUGCUUCAGUCAUUACUGCACACGUGAGCUGUGAUGUCAUGUGUGUGUUUUGAGCUCAAGGGUCAUUUGGAUUUAUUUGUGAAACGAGUAGAAGUGAAGGUGAUCCGAGAUCUCAAGGCACAAAAAACUGACAAACAUAUUUGAUAACAUGGAAUGUUUCUUGAUACAUUGUGAGGAAAAAAUCUGUCACUUCUCCUUUAAGAUCAAAUGAUGAGUCCUGAUUGUGUUUGUGUUAAUGAGACUUCUUCACAAAUUGAAUGUUUAUUUAAAAUCAAGUGCAGAUAAUCUGCUCUUCAUUUGGACGCAUGUAAUAACACAUCUGAUCAGUAUUAGAUUGAAUGAGAGCCAUGAUAUUUUGGGUUUUUUCAUCUGAUCAUACGAGCCAAUAAUGAACAGAUCGUUUUGGAUUUUGAGAGGUUUUGUUUGUGGACAUUAAUAUAAAAGCAUGUAAAUAAGAAAGUUGAGCUCAUUGGUGGGUGUAAAAUUAAACUUCACUGUAAUCCAUUUACAAAUAAAUAAAGAGAAAGUUGAGAUGAUAGAAAGAUGCGUGUCAACAUAAUGUUUUACUCUUAAGUAUUACGAAGAGAAAGUAUGCAAAUAUGUGCAAUAUGUUAAACCCAUUUAAAAUGGUCAAAUGAAGUUCACUUAUUUAUUCGUUGAGACUACAUAAAUAAUGUUUGUAGAUAUAACUACCUUGGCAGUUGAUCUGUAGUUCCCAGCAUGCUUUGCAUCUGACUGCUUAAGGAGAUUAAUUUUCCAGAUGAACUGUCAUUUGAAGUGUUUUUCAGUCAAAAGAAAGACUUGUUCUUGUUCUUUGAGAUUUAGGAGAGUUUGGGUAUUAUUUGUAAGUUGUCACCGUUGUUCAGAAGAGCGGCGCUUGUGCCUCGGCUGAGGGAGGCACGGUAUGAGUCAUGAAGGGUAACUGUGCUCAUGCCAGUACAGACACCACCGGUCUCUUCUCACUUGACCAUCUAUGUUGUCAGAAGUAGUAUAUUUCAAUAUGAAAGUGAAUGAACCGUGAAGUUUUGAGUUGGAUGCAUGUUUUUGUACAACGUAAUCUUUUUUGUUUACUUUAAGUCAUUUUUACUUCAUAUUUAAAUAAAUACUAAACGUAUUUACUUCAUUCUGGUUAGUAAAUUGUACUUGAAUUGUAGCAGCACAUUUUACUUAAAAAAUAUUCAUGCAAAUUGUUACAAGUAUUUUACUAAGUAAAUUCUACAAGUUAUUUUUUCAGUGUCGUCUCAGAUGUUUCUCCUAAACAUUGCUUCUAGGGGAAAUAAAUAGAGAAUCAAAUGAGAGUGUAAUUGUUGAAACACAUGAAGAGUCUGGAGGUGUAAAUGAAUGUAGAUUGUAGAGGUGCAAAAAAUCUGGAUUUGAUGAGAAAUGUUUGAGUUGAUAUUGAGAUCUUCAAUCAUAUUGACGUUUGAUUGCAGACGAGACACAUCUGAGCUCAGUCUGACACAUCUCUUCUCAAACUCUCAAGACAUCACCAAUCGUUUAAUAUAUGUAAAGCACAUUUCACACAACGUUGGUUGAUCUUUGCAGUUGACAGUAACAGGACCAAACAUGAGCUUCUCCUCUCAUUUUUUAAGGGUGAAUUUACUCUUGUCAGUCAUUUUAUCUGCAGAUUCACUUUCAUUACGCUUUUAAAGAAAACAGACACACAUCAAAGAUUCACAUCAAUAAUCUUCAAUGUAGGUGCGUUGAUUUCUCUCAAACUCACUGUCGGGUUGUGAAUGAUAGGCCUACUCUGGGAUUUGCCUUAAGUAUAAUUCAGAAUGUCAGGUGAUGUAAACAUGUUAUUGGGAAGAUCCGUCAAAAGUGAACAUUGAUGUAUAUGUGUGUGUGGUCUUAGGUUGAAGAGUGUUGUGUGUGUGAGGGGUGGACGAGUAAACCGUUUGUUGUGACAGUAAACAGAUUUCAGACUCUCAACAGUGACGUACAGCACAUCACCACGAAUACACGAGGCGUCCGUCAGGUUGUGUGUGCGUUGUGUCUUUACGAGCUGCUGGGAGAGAUGGCGAGCGACAGAACAACAGGCCAGGGAGAUUAGCUGCUAUGCUAGCGUGUGCAUAUUACUACAAAGAUAAACGCAGUUAUAUAAUUUCUCAUCUGGCAAGAUUUGAUUGAUAACAUCUUCAGUUUGGCGAAGGAGUAAUGCUGUUGGAUAAAAAAUAAUGCGGUGUGAAUGUGUGUUUGUACGUAACGUUAGCCUUGUGAAGGAAACCGAUAAAUUACUGAAGUGUGCUGAGCUGAAAGAAAGCGCAAUAACAGGUAAGACUUUUAAAGAGUGUUAAUGGUUAAACAUUUCAUAUACUUUAUAAGAUCCAUUGCAGGGCAAGCUGCAGCAACCAAUGUCUGAGAAUAACGGGGGUUUUGUGCAAAAAAUGCCCUCAAAAUUCAACACAAAAGGCCAAAAAAUGCCCUUGAAUAAUACAACUAAAAGUGUU